AUGCACCACCAUAAAUAUCAAGGGUUUCACCGUCCCAGCCGGCAAGACCUUUGCACUCAGCCUGCUCGAGAAUACUCAGUCAAUCUACAAGGUGAUAUCAAGUUUGAGGUAGCCAAUUGGGGGGGCCCACUCUUCCAAAUUACCGGAAAGGGUAUUACUUUCAACGGCAACGGGCACACCUUUGAUGGACAAGGGCCCUCGUACUGGGAUGGCCAAGGUGGGAACGGAGGGGCCACUAAACCCCACCCGAUGAUGAAGAUUAAGAUGUCGGGGACCUACACAAAUGUCAAGGUGCUCAACUCUCCCGCCCAUACCUAUAGUAUCUCGAAUCCCGCCAAACUAGUUAUGUCGAAACUUACGAUUGAUAACUCUGCCGGGGAUCAACCAAAUAACAAGUCGGGCGGCAAAGCUGCCGGCCACAACACGGAUGGAUUCGAUGCCUCGACUACCGAUUUGACUAUCGAGGAUAGCAAGAUUUACAAUCAAGACGAUUGUAUUGCUAUUAACAAAGGUUCGAAUAUAAUAUUUCAACGCAACUAUUGCAGUGGUGGCCAUGGGAUAUCCAUUGGUUCGAUCUCCUCGGACGCAACGGUUAAAGGAAUUAAAAUUCUCGACAACCAAAUUGUGAACAACGAUCAAGCCCUGCGCAUCAAGACCAAGAAGGAUGCCACAAACGCAGCAGUUUCCGAUAUCACAUAUUCUGGUAAUACUGGAACAGGGUUGAGGAGAUUUGGAAUAAUCAUCGAUCAAGGUUAUCCUACGACUUUGGGGUCCCCAGGAAAUGGCGUGUCGAUGUCCGGCAUUAAUUUCACCGGAAGUAACAAUAAGAUUGCUGUCAUCGAUAAAGCCCAACGGGUCGCCGUUAACUGCGGAUCCAAGUGCUCCGGCACCUGGGACUGGUCAAAACUGAGUGUUACUGGAGGAAAGGCCGCCGAUUCCAAGUUUAGGUACUCCGGAAUUAAGGGCGGAAGUUUCUAA